AUGGGCCAGGCUGCAAGUACGUCUCACUGGAGAGAAGAUUAUUAUAUUACGGAGCUCUAUGAGUGGUUCAGAAUGUUCAUUAAUAAAUGCCCAAGUGGACUCAUUACGCUUCACGAGUUUCAAAGACAUUUCUGUAAUGUAACAGUGGGCAAGGAAUCAGCUGAAUAUGCAGAACAAAUAUUCCGCGCGCUGGAUAAAAACGAGGACGGGUUAGUAGAUUUCAGAGAGUAUGUCAUGGCCAUCAACAUGCUCGUAGAAGGUUCAGCAGUGGAAAGGCUCCGCUGGUCCUUUAAGCUCUUUGACAAAGAUGGGGAUGGUGCAAUCAUAAGGGAGGAGAUGCUCGGCAUUAUGCAGGCUGUUUUUAAGAUGAAUGAAGCAGCAGGUUUAACUGAACCAAACCCCCUGACAGCUGAGGAAUGUACUGACAAGAUAUUUUUUAGAUUAGACAAAGACAACAAUGCUGUCAUCACUGUGGAUGAGUUCAUAGAGGGAGCAUUGGAUGAUGAUUGGAUCAGAAAGAUGCUGGAAUGUGAUCCCUGCACAGCGAGGGUGGAGAGGACCCUGAAGAGGGAUUCCACAGUCGGGCUCCAUGAUUGA